CACGAGAGGUUGGUCCGGCUUGCUUWCCAACCACAAAUCCCAACUUUCGAUACUAUUUUAUCAAGUAUAUGAAUAGCUAAUACMAAGCYGUCCAAUAGAGAGACAUUUCUAUCCUCUAAGCUCCGCKACAGCUUCAAAAUUAGMUUGAAAUUGGCUGUAUAUUUGAAGGAAUUUKCAAAUUAUUCAGCAAGUGUUCAGGACCACCGAGCGUUUUGUCGUGGGACCCCGAGGACAAAUUCCUGGUAUUUUAUUUCUGCGAAAAAGCAAUCAAAUUGUAACUUGAGAGUCCAAGUUGUAGUAUCUGGAAGCGUGCUGAAUUGCUACAGGGUGUAGUGAGAAACUUCAGUGAAAACGAUGAAAGUUAAGCUUACAUGACUUAUGGUGUUCGGUUGUGUUUAAAGUUUAUCAACAAACCUGAAUAUAUAUAAACAAUGAUUGCCUGAGAUAAACAUUUACUGUAUCUGGGACCCUCAAUUAAGCAUCCAAUAUGUCCAAGUCAGCAAGUCAGUACAAAGCAAGAACCAACUUUUUGUUGGAGCACUUGGCAUCUUUUACCAUGAAAAGCAACCAAGAGGCUCAGAUACCAGCCAAGGAAAGGCUAGCAGAAACGAAGGAAAUGCUGGCCAAAGGUACAUUGUGGACAAAGGAGAUGGAGAUGCGUCUUACAGAUAAUGACAUUGUCUUGCUUGAUGGAGAAACUCAGCACUUGGCAUCUUUUACCAUGAAAAGCAACCAAGAGGCUCAAAUACCAGCCAAGGAAAGGCUUGCAGAAACAAAGGAAAUGCUGGCCAAAGGUACGUUGUGGACAAAGGAGAUGGAAAUGCGUCUUACAGACAAUGACAUUGUCUUGCUUGAUGGAGAAACUCAGGAUGUUAUUGAAGUGUAUCCGCUGUCCAGUAUCAGUGUUGUGCAGCAUAUCAAUGAAGAUUCUGAUUUGAAUAGCGUUCUGCUGUUUACCACACAACAAACUGAUGAAAAAUAUGCAGCAACACAUCUCUUCCAGUCUGACAGAGUUCCUGCAGCAGUUGUUGCCACGGAGAUAAUGAAAGCGUCAAGCAGCAAAGGGGCUAUGCCUUCCAGGUCCACGCCCAGCAAGGGAGGGGCAUCUUUACCCCCACCUCCAGCCUACACUGCACCUCAACCUCCUACACUGGAAAGAGAACGUAUGGAUCUCUAUGAGAAGUCUCUUGUGGCCCAAACCAUAGCAGCAUUCUCUGCAGCGUCUACAGAUAAAUAUGAAAAAAGACCUGUCAAGGCUGCAAAGGUCAGCGACAGUGAGAGUACAUCAGAUGAUACUAUACCUGUAGAUAUCCUGGAAGCUAGAACCAAUAGAGAUGUGCAAAUCCUAAAUCACUGUAUUGAUGACAUUGAAAACCUGGUGCAACAAACUAAAAAAUCAGCUGAGGCUUGGAAGAAACUACAGAAAAAGAAAGGAAAAAUCAAACCUGAUAAUCCAUUAGCAAUAGAAGCAAAGCCACCACCAGAGUCUGAUUUYAUUGAUGCUUUUCAGAAGUUUAAACAUGCAUUCAACUUACUGGGUAGAUUACGUCCCUAUCUUCAUCAUCCCAAUGCAGCAGAGCUUGUUCACUAUCURUUUGUUCCACUGUCUCUUCUUGUCAGGUGUACUAACGGUCCUGAGAAAGCAAGAGGUGUCCUGUCUCCUCUGUUAUCAUUACAAGCCAUUGAACUACUACAGAACUGUUUGUCAUCUAAAGAGAUGGAGCUGUGGAGUGCAUUAGGACCAAACUGGACUGAAGCCAAACAAUCCAARCCAUUCAAAGAUGUGUUCAUCCCACCUUACGCACCUGUGUUCAAAGAUGGCUGGGUCCCCCCUGAAUUCAUUGGUGGACAGAAUGUUCCAGCAAACGUCGCUGCUGCUGUUGCUGCUAACGCUGCUGCUGUAGCUCAGAUGAAUGACUCAAAAAAGCUGGAUGAUCCUACAAGUCCUACAGUAUUGGCUGCUGCUGCUAAGUUCAGAAGACUGACAUCUAUCAAGAAAGAAACGGCUGCUUCAAGCCCAGCACCCAAAAAUAACAUCUUCAGGAGAGGUCAUGUGAUGUAUGACUUCACUGCAAGAAACAGCAAGGAACUGACUAUUAAACAAGGGGAGGAGAUUUCUAUUCUGGAUGAUUCUCGUCAAUGGUGGUGUGUAAGGAAUUCCAAAGGAGAAAUUGGUUUUAUUCCUAACACUAUCAUAGAAGUGAAAAUGGGACAGGAAGCCCAACACAAUAAUGUCAUAUCACCUCUGCCAAGUCCACCAAUGACUGCCCCACCACUGGUACCCACAGCAACAAUAACCAACAUUGAACUAAGGGAAGUCAAGUCAACAGAAACAAGUACUGUAAGACAAGAAGAAGAGCGCAAAGUACCAUUCGUAGAACUAAGACCAGUUAACAAGAAACCAGAAGAAGAACCAACACCACCCCCACCCCCACCGAUGAGUCCACCACCACCCACCCCUCCCCCAGUAUCAACUACACCGGAGACAACCAUUGUUAAAAAGACAGUCACUAAAACAGAAAACCACGGUAACGCACUAGAGUUGGCUGUUCUAAGCGGUGGAAACCUGAAAAAAGUUGAUAAAGAAGCMCUUAAGAAGAACAGAGAAGAAAAUCAAGUGAAACGAAUGAGCUCAGCUGAUCUCCUGAAUGACGAGUUAAAGCGUAGGAUGACACACGGACAGUCUGCACUCACACCWGGAGUGAGUCGAGGCGAUUCUUGCAGAACAGAAAAAACAGCAAGAACUUCUGAUGGAACACGAGAAACAGUUUGCUCUUUUGGAACGAAUGCAGAUGCAAAAACGUGAAUUAGAAGAACACAAGAGAGACUACGAAGAGUUGCAGAAAAGAAAGAAACAAGACGAACUUGAGGAAAAACAGAAAGAACUUGAAAAGCAAAUAAAAGCACAACAACAAGAACUUAAAGCCAACGAAACCCGAAUCCAGCAACAAAACCAGUACUUUGCAACUAUUCCUGGAAUGACCAGUAUGCCUGGUAUGAUGAUGCCACCAAGACAAGUACCAGUUAUGAGCCCACAGGUWCAAAUGGUACCGGUCAGUGGUUUACCUCCACAGCCCACAUACCUACCGAUGCAGCCUAUGCCAACUGUGCAGCCUGUCGUCGGCUAUGCUCCUACAGUAGCACAACCAGGCAUGCCUCAAAUGGUUGGUUCUAUUCCUUCAUAUAUUCCUCAAUAGCGUGACAUGUCACAUAUUACUGUCACGUAAUCGGUUAAAACAUGAUUUAGAUUUAUAUGUGAUAUAYCAGAGUGAAGUCUCAUAACCCGUGAAAUAAUCCAUUGUUUUCGUGUAUGUAGACUUAUUAUAUUACAUUUUGACUGUCAAAUGUUUUUUUUCAUGGACUUUGCAUAUUUUUAUAUCAUUUUUUUCUGAAUCUGUCACGCAGUUGGAUGAACAAGCAUAUGUCACACAACUAGUAAUGAAAGUUAUUUUUCUACCCUGUGACAAAUAUUAUUCGUUACAAUUCGUCAAUUGAAUGUUAUCCGUUCAUAUAAUCUUAUAAUAUCGUAUUCAUUAAUCAUCAAUGGUUAUCAAUUAAUCAUUAAAUAAUCAUUAUGACGGACCUCAGUAUUUUGUAACAAGGUUCCAUGUAUCAAUAAUUUAAGCAUCCAAUUCAAUGUCGUAUUUAAUGGAAAAAWUUGCAUCUAAAGCUCAUUGGCUGUGCGUUUGUGAGUAUUUCUUCUGACGAGGCAGCCAUCUUGAAUGUGCGCGUGACAUUAUGACUGUGGCGUGACACUUGUCACGCACAUUUUUUUUCGACGUAGUUAUAGUUUGACUGAUCGCUGUCUUUGUGGUCUGCAUUUGUAAGAGGUUGAUGUCACGCCAAAAGUAUCCUUGUAUUGAUAUUGCGUUACAUGAAAUGUCACGUAAUAUUAUCAAGAUGGCUGCUUAUGGCAGCUUUGCAAAUAUAGCAAGCACAUAAUAAAGAUUUGUAAGUUUAAAUGUGGUAGUUAUAAAUAUUAAUAAAUAACGAUGAAUUUUGAAUGAUAUUCGCUAAUGAACAAUUUGUAUAACCUACGUUYGGUCAUAUUGUAUGUAUGAACAAGUUAGUUUUACUGUGUAUAAAAUUUGACUCCAUUACGCAUGCCUUAAUGUUUUCUUAGCUURUCMCACAUGSUUGAUAAAAACCCUUUUUCAGCCYGGUUUUUGAUCCAAAGUGACUGAGAUAGCAGAGCAUGCGCRCUCGGAGGUUCAGGGUGAAACMAUAAAAGUUUUUAAGUCAGGGAGGGKAGGGUUWGGAAMAUCUAAGCUGCAUUGCUUUUUGUCACGUGCGUUUUAUGAACUAAUUARCAAUAAAGAAUUUGGAAAAAAU